AUGGUCCGAUUUGCGGGUUUCUCCGCCCUCGCGCUGGCCGCAUCAACGGUCACGGCCACCUCAAGUGCCGACAGUAGCUGCAUCGGCGUCAACGCCGUCAGCUCCACGUGCAGACCUUCAGAGACGUUGCACAGUCGAGAAUUCUUCUACGUCGGGGGCCAAAGCGCUCCAGACCCCACGGGCAACAUCACCAUCGGCCAGCUCUACGUCGAGAAGCUCACCCCCAUCCUCACGCUACGCUCGACCCCCUUGGUCUUCAUCCACGGUGGCGGCAUUCCGGGAACCACAUGGCUCAAUACCCCUGACAAUCGUCCCGGGUGGGCGACCUACUUCCUGAAGCAAGGCUACCAGGUUUACCUCGUCGAUGCUAACAGCAUCGGCCGAUCCACGGCCAACAACGCCGCCAACUUCACCAUGGCCGUAGGCAUGUCGGCCGAGUUUGUCGAGAUGGGCUUCACCGGCGUCAAGAACUACAACACCUACCCCCAGUCUCAGCUUCACACCCAGUGGCCCGGCACGGGUAUGCGCGGCGAUCCCUUCUUUGACCAGUUCCAGCAGAGCUUCAUCCCAUACACAACCAGCCAGGUCUCCCAAGAGCUAGCCAUGCGCACCGCUGGGUGUGAGCUUCUUUCCCUCAUUGGCGCACGGUCUUACCUCAUCUCCCACUCCCUGGGCUCCAAGUUCGCUAUCGGCAUCUCCAAUGAUUGUCCCCAGCAUCUCGCCGGAAACAUCAAUGUUGAGCCCUCCACGAUCCCCUUUCGCGCGUACGGCUAUGGUCUGACCAGUACUGCGGCUAAUCCAUGGGGUCUGACGAACACCCCUGUCGACUACGAGCCGGCAGUAUCCAGCGCCGCGGAACUCAACGCCACUGUCGAAUCUGUGGGUGAGCCGUCGUUAGCUCAUCGUAACUGCUACCUUCAAAAGGAACCUGUCCGAAAACUUCCCAAGAUCGCCAGCGUACCGUACCUGGCUUUGACGGGAGAGGCCAGUGUCCACAUUACUUACGAUCACUGUAUCAUCGAUUAUCUGAAGCAGGUGGGUGGCCAGCCGGAGUGGAUCAAGCUUAGUGAAAUUGGGAUCAAGGGCAAUGGCCACUUCAUGCACCUUGAAAAGAACAAUCUCGACAUCGCUCCUUUGGUCCACAAAUGGAUCAAGAAGCAGCAGCAAUGGUGGUGGUGGUGA